AAUCUGUACUUAAUUGAAUAAACACUCUCAAUAUUCCUUCUUUCUCUACAUUUACACGUGAGGGAGCGUGGGUGAGAAGUGGAGAGAAUUGAGCUGAGAGAGUGAUUGGUAUCUCAUCAAUGGCGACCAGGAGAUGUUUGCGGUCAUUGUCGAAUGGGCUUUGCCAGGGAACGAGGAGUUUUGGUGCUGUUCCUGAAGCCACCGCCACCGCCUCUGCUUCCGGCUCUCAAAAGCUCAUCAACUUGGAGUAUGAAUGCAGUGCCCACAAUUACCAUCCGGUCCCCAUUGUAUUUUCAGAAGCAAAGGGAUCAUCUGUUUGGGAUCCAGAGGGCAACAGAUAUCUGGAUUUCCUCGCAGCUUACUCGGCAGUUAAUCAGGGACAUGGUCACCCAAAGAUCAUGAAAGCAUUACAAGAACAGGCAGAAAGGCUCACCCUCAGCUCUCGAGCCUUCUACAAUGAUAAAUUUCCAAUAUUUGCCGAGCGUCUGCGGAACAUCUUUGGCUAUGAUAUGGUACUUCCUAUGAACACUGGUGCGGAAGGUGUGGAAACGGCUCUGAAGUUGGCAAGGAAAUGGGGGUACGAGAAGAAAAAAAUUCCCAAAGAUGAGGCUAUUAUUGUCUCAUGUUGUGGCUGCUUCCAUGGUCGUACGUUGGCUGUUAUCUCCAUGAGUUGUGACAAUGAGGCUACCCGUGGUUUUGGGCCAUUGUUGCCUGGCCAUGUAAAAGUUGAUUUCGGUGAUGCAGUUGCCCUUGAGAAAAUCUUCAAAGAAAGUGGCGAUCGAAUAGCUGGAUUUCUGUUCGAACCCAUUCAAGGAGAGGCCGGGGUUGUUAUUCCUCCAGAUGGUUAUCUAAAAGCUGUCAGAGAUCUUUGCUCAAAAUACAAUGUUUUAAUGAUUGCUGAUGAGGUACAAUCUGGCUUAGCACGAACAGGAAAAAUGUUGGCUUGCGAUUGGGAAGAAGUGCGCCCAGAUGUAGUGAUUCUUGGAAAAGCAUUGGGUGGUGGAGUGAUACCUGUAAGUGCAGUGCUGGCAGACAAAGAUGUAAUGCUUUGUAUCCAACCUGGAGAGCAUGGAAGUACCUUUGGGGGAAAUCCAUUGGCCAGUGCAGUUGGCAUUGCCUCGCUAGACGUGCUCAGAGAUGAGGGACUUGCUGAGAGAUCUUCCCAAGUGGGACAGGAGCUAAGGAACCAGCUACUUAAGAUUCAGCAGCAAUACCCAAAAUACAUAAAGGAAGUUCGAGGAAGAGGUUUGUUCAAUGCUGUGGUGCUCAACAGCAAGAGUCUAUUCCCUAUUUCUGCAUAUGAUAUCUGCCUAAAGUUGAAGGAGAGAGGAGUUCUUGCUAAGCCCACCCAUGAUUCUAUCAUCAGAUUAACUCCCCCACUCUCAAUCAGUUUGGAUGAGCUCCGAGAAGGCUCAAAAGCGCUGCAUGAUGUUCUUGAACUUGAUCUGCCAAAGAUACAGAAAGCAAAGCCAGAGCAUGUCUCCCCAACUAGUUCUCACAUAUGUGACCGAUGUGGGCGAGACUUAUAUGCUUCCCCAGAUAAAGAUGUCUGAAUGAUAUGAACAUCACUUUUCUUCUGAUGGCAUUCACUUGUGGAAUUCCUAUCUCAUGUCUUUCAUUUGAAUUUUCAGAAAUUACGUCUAUUUUCAUCAUGUAUGAUUGUUUCUUUGGUCUAAUCACACCACCAAUACAGUGAUGAAGGAUAACUAUAACAAUAUAAGAAUAUGUCUCAUUUAAUCUUGUUCA